AUGUUCUCACAGAAAAUAAACUACAGCCAUUUGUUUACUCUCUCAAUCACCUUCUACGUGGAAAUAGUGACAGGAAUCUUAGGAAAUGGAUUUAUAGCACUAGUGAAUAUAAUGGACUGGGUGAGGAGAAGAAGGCUCUCUACAGUGGAUCAGAUUCUCACCGCUGUGGCCCUUUUUAGACUCAUUUAUGUGUGGUCUAUGCUCAUUUGUACAUUGUUAUUUAUACUGUGCCCACAUUUGCCUAUAAGAUCAGAAAUAUUUACAACAGUGGCUAUUAUCUGGGUACUGAACUAUCAUUUUAGCAUCUGGCUUGCUACAUGCCUUGGUGUCUUUUAUUUUCUCAAGAUAGCCAACUUUUCUAACUCUUUUUUUCUUUACCUAAAGUGGAGAGUUAAAAAAGUGAUUUUAAUGAUAAUACUGGUAUCACUGAUUUUCUUGACUUUAAACAUUUUAUCUUUAGGGAUAUAUGAUCAGUUAUCAAUUGAUGUUUAUGAAGGAAAUAUGUCUUAUAGUUUGAAGAAUUCACCACAGUUUCCCAGAAAAUUCUUAUUCACCAACGCAACAGAAAUUUUCUUAAUCGCCAAUUCAUCCCAUAUUUUCUUACCCAUCAACUCACUGUUCAUGCUCCUACCCUUCACAAUUUCCUUGGGAGCUUUUUUUAUGCUCAUAUAUUCACUGUGGAAACAUAACAAGAAGAUGCAGGUCAAUGCCAAACGACCUAAAGAUGUCAGCACCAUGGCCCACAUGAAAGCCUUGCAAAUUGGGCUUUCCUUCCUGCUGCUAUAUGCAAUAUACUUACUUUUCAUUAUAAUGGGAAUUUUGAACCUUGGAUUGAUGAAGGAAAUAGUAAGAGUUUUAUUUGACCACAUUUCUGGAGCAAUUUUUCCUAUAAGCCACUCAGUUGUGCUUAUUCUGGGAAACAGUAAGCUGAGACAAGCCACUGUUUCUGUGCUGCCUUGUCUGAGGUGCCUGGCCAAAGAUAUGGACACCAUGGGUCCCUAA